GAGGAAGUUAUUAUUAUCAGCUAGGCCUCGAUCCUAGCUGAGAUCAGUCAGUCUGCUAAAUGCAUAAAUGUAAAAUGUAGAUUUUAGUUGUCAAAGAGGAAGUUAUUUAAUAUAUAUAUAUUUUUAAUCAGGUUCCAGAACCUGUAAUCUUUCUGAUGCUGUUGGAACUGUGAAGUGUUCUGGAACUUUAGGAGAGCCAUUCUUCCUUCAGCUGACCUUGGACACAACUGGAAAAGAGAUGACAUUGUACAAAAUUAGUGAUGUGAAACAUCGGGUUGUCUUUCAAUUCAAAGUAAAUUUGACGAACGUCUUGCAUCCACACUAUAUGAAUCGGUUUAAGUUCUUCACCAAUGGAACCUUCUGGCUGGACUCAGCAAUGAGGAUAGACAGAGGUUUGUACCAACUUGAGGUCUUCAAUUCAAAUGGAAAUUCUAUUCAGAAAGUGAACAUGACCCUUGAGAUCCAAGUCCCUGUGUCUGAGCCAGUCCUGUCUCUCAUCUGUCUGUCUGGAGGAGAGACUCAGGUCACAUGCUCCUCAGAGGGACAACCUGUGGAGUACCGCUGGAGUCUGGACAGCCAAUCACUGACCAACAUUAGUAUCUCCAACCAAUCUCAUCACACCACCACCAUCACCUUGCAGGGUCAUAUGACAGGAAAUGUGACUUGUGAAGUUGAGAAUGACAUCAGCACCAACAGGAACACUAUCCAACUUUCUGCCUGCUCAGAGUUUCCCGACAUAACUUUGAUUGUGACGGUUUCUGUCACCGUGGCGACCCUCCUCCUUCUCUUCUCUUUGUUUCUGGGCGUCAGACACCUUUUGAAGAAGACCAGGUCCCAAAAUGUGCACUCAGGUGGAGGAGGAGAGGAAAUAAUCUACGCAGACGUGACAGUGGGGAGGAAGAGAGAGAGAACCACACCCUCUCCUGUUUCUAAGGAGGUGGAGUACGGACAGGUCAAGAUGGCUGUCGCUCUGUAGAGACAUGUGUAUGUGGGGAGGAGGAG